AUGAAUCGGCAACGUGCGGCCGAGAAGGCUCUGCACGAUCAAACGAAUAUUCUCCCGUUUGGGCAGCUCAUGGUGGUUUUUACCGGCCUCGCAACGUCUCUGGUGAUUACGUUUGUCGAUCAAAAUGGAAUUAGUGUCACUUUGCCUACAAUCGCCCGGGAUCUUGGUGCUCAGGAUACAAUCUCAUGGGCUGGCACUUCUUCUUUAAUCGCCAAUACCAUGUUCACAGUACUUUACGGCCGACUCUCGGAUAUCUUCGGUCGUAAGGUCGUCUAUCUAUCUGCAUUAAUCUUGCUAUGUAUUGCUGAUCUACUCUGUGGACUGGCCCAAAACCCAGCCAUGUUCUACGUAUUUCGAGGCCUGGCUGGUGUCGCUGGCGGUGGUGUUACCUCUUUGACUAUGAUCAUCGUCUCUGAUGUAGUCACUUUGGAACAACGUGGGAAGUACCAAGGCAUAUUGGGUGCGUCCCUUGGCGUUGGAAACAUCAUCGGACCGUUCAUUGCUGCUGCGUUCAUUAUGCGCUCGACGUGGCGUGGCUUCUUCUGGAUGAUCUCCCCUUUGGCGGCGCUAUCUGCCGUUGUUGGAUACUUCCUGAUUCCGAAUAACGCACGGAAUGACCGUUUCCGCAAGAACAUUAGUCGAAUCGACUGGUAUGGCGUACUGGCGUCAUCGAUUGGUAUCAUUUUCCUUCUGAUCCCAAUUUCUGGAGGCGGAUCAUAUUUUCCCUGGGAUUCACCCAUGGUUAUUAGUCUGCUCGUUAUUGGAGGACUCUCCUUCAUCGCGUUCGUUUUCAUCGAAUGGAAAGUCGCUGCGCUGCCAAUGCUACCCAUUCAAUUUUUCAAGAACAAAGUUAUCACCACCCUCUUCCUGCAGAGCUUCCUCCUCGGAGCAGUCUACCAGGCUUAUCUGUACUACUUGCCACUUUACUAUCAGAAUGCCCGUGGCUGGUCCCCUAUCGUGUCUGCUGCCUUGACAGCGCCCAUGGUGGCCUGUCAAUCGAUUGCUUCCAUUUGCUCAGGACAGUAUAUUUCCCGCCUUAAGCGGUACGGCGAGAUAAUCUGGGCGGGCUUUGGUUUCUGGACACUGGGUGCUGGUUUAAUGUUACUUUUCGACCAUGACACACACCCAGCUGUCAUUGCAGUCUGCGUCGGCAUUUCCGGAAUCGGCAUUGGCUUUACAUUCCAGCCAACUCUCGUCGCACUACAGGCACACUGCACCAAAUCGCAGCGUGCAGUAUCAAUCUCAAAUCGGAAUUUCUUCCGCUGCAUGGGUGGUGCAUGCGGUCUGGCAAUCUCCGCUGCCAUCUUGCAGGCUACCUUGAGAGCAAACCUUCCGUCGGAAUUUUCCUAUUUGACGCAAUCUUCAUACUCGCUUCCGUCGCGGUCCACACUUACCGACGCUCAGUGGAACUCGAUUCUGCUUGCAUAUACGAAGGCUUCCCACGCGGUAUUUAUCUUGCAAGUACCGCUUAUUGGUGUUUGUUUCCUCGCUUGUGUCUUCAUCCGAGAUAGGGGCUUGGAGCGACCGAAGGAGCCCGAGGAGAUCGAAGAAGAAAAGCGAAAGGCAGAGCAGGCCGAAAGAGAUGCUGAAGCAGCUCUACCACAGGAGUGUGAGGACCAGGAGGCCGAAAAUAAGGAGACGAUUGAGCAACGCCAGUCUACAUCGACUCUUGUGGAACCAACCAUGCCCCCAUCUCAAGCGGAGCCAGAUCUUUCGAACGUUGAAGAGAAGAAGAAUUCUGAUGAGAAGUAG